GAAAAUAAUGCCCACAUUACCGGAAGACCGCAGUAGCGUUCCCAAAAGAAACAAAAUGGACUCUUGAAACUACACUUAGCGUUGCAGUCAAUAAUUUUCAAAGGUUAUCGGAAGCACCACUGGGACCUACCAUUAUAAGAUUAGUCUUGUCACCGAACAGCAUCUAAAUCUUGCUGGAGCCUGGAGAAUCUUCCCGGACCUCUUCCCCUUCUGAAUCAAUGGAAGGGUCUGACAGUUCAGAGCAGAAUGGCAGUGACCAGCCCGAGUCGCAGCGCAGGAGGCAGCUCGAUCGUCUCGGCAGAGAAGAAGCCUUCUACCAGUUUGUCAACAAUCUCAGUGAUGAGGACUACCGUCUCAUGAGGGACAACAAUCUUUUGGGCACCCCAGGGGAGGCAACCGAGGACGAGCUGUUCAGUAGACUUCAGAAUAUCAAAAAUGGUGCAGAGCAGCAGAGUAACACGCCUCGUACCGAAAAUGUGGAAGAGCCCAUUGAACAACCAGAAACCUCCGAAGACCCCGCUAAUGGAGAUAGUCUCCUGGAAUGGCUGAACACUGUAAGGCGCACAGGCAACACAACCAGAACUGGUCAUCGUGGAAACCAGUCAUGGAGGGCAGUAAGUCAGACCAAUCCAAACAGUGGAGACUUCCGCUUCAGCCUGGAAAUCAGCGUGAAUCGCACCUUAGCUGAGCAACAGGCAGCUGCCCAAGGAGAGCAACAGCCUCCAGAGUCUCAAGAAGUGGAAGGAAAUGCAGAACCACCCGUUCUUAUGGAGACAGGAGUGGUGGAAGAACCAGUUGUUGAGGAGAUGGCUGUCGUCGUAGAGCCAGAACCUGAGCCUCAGCCUGAGCCCGAGCCUGAGCCCGAGCCUGAGCCCGAGCCUGAGCCCGAGCCUGAGCCCGAGCCUGAGCCCGAGCCUGAGCCUGAGGUGGUUGUUUCGAAUGAGACACACGGAGAACCUCACAGCUCACCAGUUGUCGGGCCAAGUUACCCUCUGCUUUCCGUAUCCCUACGUAGAGCACAGAGAAGGGCUCGCAGCCGCAGUUCGGAACCAUGCAGAACCCGGGCUCGUACAGCCAGAAGCCGCUCCCCUCUUCGAUUAGAUCAGCUCGAAGAGCUCCCCAAUCCCCGCUUAGCUCAAACGUCUCAAGGCCCCAGCACCGAUAUCAGCACUCCACCCGCGCCUCAAGUGGAAGGUAGUUCUCGGACUCGACAGCAUGUUGUUUCUAGACAAAGUGCUGCUGAGAGGGAUAGUCAGCAGUCCCAGCCUGAAACUGAACAAACGCCUGAGAGCCAAAGUGUUUCCUCUAAUGAAGGAGAAAGUGGCGUCGAAGGGGGUGCAACGGGACGACGGCCCCCUACUAUCAUGCUUGAUCUCCAGGUGCGUCGCGUGCGUCCCGGCGAGUAUCGCCAAAGGGACAGCAUUGCCAGUCGGACCCGUUCACGCUCGCAGAACUCAAACAACACAUUUCUGUAUGAAAGUGAGCGUGGUGGAUUUCGUAGGACUUUCUCCCGCUCGGAGCGCGCCGGUGUGCGAACCUACGUCAGCACAAUUCGCAUCCCUAUCCGCAGAAUCUCGGAUGCGGGUUUGGGAGAGGCGACUUCAAUGGCUCUUCAGUCUAUGAUUCGACAGAUCAUGACGGGCUUCGGCGAGCUCGGCUACCUCAUGGAUUCAGACUCUGAUUCUUCCGAUUCCAAUCGUGCAGCCAAUGCAUCGGCAGAUUUGGCUGAAAACUCCAAUAACCUCGACGCUAGCACUCCCGAGGCUCCCGUUGUUGACGAACCACCCGCGGUCGCCGGUGUCAGGGCAAGGACGGUUGAGACCGAUAUGGAUGAAGGAUUUGCCGCUGCUCCACCGGCAGCCGGCGGCCGGGCUCGACCCCGACCGCCCAUCAACCUCGAGGAGCCAAGCUCAUUGCCCCUUCUUCGAUUGGCUCACUUCUUUCUCUUAAAUGACGAAGAUGAGGACCAACCCCAAGGGCUGACCAAAGAACAGAUCGACAACCUCGCCAUGCGCAACUUUGGCGAGAGUGACGCCUUGAAGACUUGCAGUGUGUGUAUAACAGAGUAUGCGGAAGGAAACAAGCUCCGUAAGCUUCCUUGCUCUCACGAGUAUCACGUGCACUGCAUCGAUCGCUGGCUGUCGGAGAACUCCACCUGCCCCAUCUGUCGCAGGGCCGUUCUGGUGUCUACCAAUCGAGAGAGCGUAGUGUAGUUCAUGGCGGCGGUCUCACACAAAUGAUAUUGUAACCCAAGUUCAAAGAAAAGAGUCCUGGUUGAAAUCUAUACCAUCCAUUCCAUUUGCAAGUUUAGCUUGAUGUAGUCACCAGUUUGAUUUGGGUUGACCCACGCUGGCACCGGCGGAGGUUAGGGUUGCAGUGGUAGUCUGGUUGUCGGAUGCAAUGCGUGUACAUUUUCUUUCCAACGAAGAAUCUACCUUUGUACAUCUUUCUCCUUCCCAAUUAAUCCUUAUUUCCAAGUUGCAUAUUAAAGAAUGUUUUGAAGUUUUAGCUACAGUUAUACAGUAUAGAAAAGAUCGGGCACAACGUUAUACCUGCAGUUGGUUAUUGUGCAUGGAAAUUGGCUUACCAUUGCAACCCUAGUCCGGACCCUAGCAACUUGUCAAUAAACGUCACUAUUACAAAGCUACUUUCCACCUAUACAAAGUUAGCCCCACACUGCGCAUGCUGUUUGAAUCUUAACCCCCUAGCGACUGUUCAGUUUUUGCACUGAAUCUAGUUGUGUGUUUGUGAGAGAGAGAGCCACAAUUCUCAAGAAAAAAAACAUUUGUUUAUAAAAUCAGUUCGAGCAGCUCAAACUUCCUCCCCUUUAGUUCGCUCCAAAACAAUGCCUUAUCUGCCAUAAGGUCUGUUGGUACAGUUCAAUUACUCCUGGUCAAAGUAUUAGCUGUAAAUAGGCUUGAUUUUGAGUCAUGCUUUGUAUCAGUUUUUUUGGAUUGUAAAUCAACUCUGAGAUUCGGGGUUUAUUGGCCAAUGUUUGUGUCUACUAGGGCAACCCUCAAUAUACAUCUAAACAGAUUUGGGAUCAGUCUACCAAUUUUAUGCAGUGAUUGUUUCGGCCAAAUGAGGACAUUGUUGCGCUGCCAUUUCAUGUAUACACAGCCAUCUUUAUUAACUAUAUGGCAUGAUGUACCUGUGUAAUUGUUUUAUAAAAUGCAGUACGUAGAUGCUUGUUCAGGCAAAAAGAACAUGGAAAACAGGUCACAUAAAAAACGGGAUUUGUGUAAAUUUGGCCAAUAAAAAAACCUCGAUCCUAGGAGUUAGAGAUGUCAUUGUCUCUAUUGGUUGUACAUAUUGGUUUAAAGUUGUGCUGUUGACAUGUUAUUUUUCAACAUGUUACCAGUACUAAAAAGCAUAACAUGCUUGGUUUCUGUGUCAACGGUUCGAUUAGUUCCUAGUCUACUUUCAUACAGAGCGAAAUGUGAUGCGGCUCCACCGUCACAUUUCAAGAUGGAAUAUUAACAGUAAUUUGCAAACUUUUUCAUCACACAAAAACUGUUGAGAUUUCCAGCCUCAGAUGCCCAUUACAGUGCAAUACAUGCAAAAGUCAAAGGACACAGAGCAAUUAUAUAAAUAUAUGCUAUUAUUAAAUCUGUUAUCAAUGGUUGCAAUCACCAAUACAAAUUUAUCGCCUUAUUAAAUGUGUUGAAAUUUCAAUUUGAGAGGAUUUCGGCAUUGAUGGCAAUAUUGAUGAACAAUAGCACGGGCAAGAUAGUGGAGGACAACAUUCCACUCAUCCAGUUCUUUGUUAUCACACUUUGUUUUGCAGCCAUUGAAAAUUAAUGCAAGAUUUUGUUAUUGUUGAAGACCACAAACUUGUGUAUUAAACAUGUAAACCAUAUGUUCUCUUUUGGGCCAUGCUUGGCCUUGUUCUGUGAUCCACCCGAUUUGACUGGGUUUGAAUGGAAACUAACUGCUGAAUUAAACAAGUUAUGCCACUAA